AUGAACGCGGAGAUUGAGCGCGUGUGCCCAAAACGAGACUAUCGUUUUUACGAGACCCAGGGCAAUGAUCCACUUCCCGCUGCAGCAGGUGACAAAGUGCUUGAAAUUGUGGUUUUCAAUGGGCUGGUCGCCCAUUCGCAUGUAAUGGGCCAGAUCUUACAUGACAGACUCAAUGCCCGAAAGACAACAGAUCAAGUGUGGCUUGGAAAUAUUGGAAGAGGCGUUUGCAACAACAGCCGGCACUUUGCCUGUGCACGUUUAAUUGGGUAUUCUGAACUUUUCUUUGGUGCGCCAUGGAAAAUUCAAUAG